AUGGCUGUGCCCGCAGGGCUUUCAGGGGCUUCUUUGCUGCAGCUGAAUUAUCAGGUGCAGCAGCAGCAGCAGCAGCAGCAGCAGCAGCUGCUGCAGCCGGAGGCGCCGGCGCUGACACUCGCGGCUCCGCAGCUGCAGCCCGAUCUGCUGCAGCUGCAGCAGCAAGUGCUGCAGCAGCAGCAGCUGCAGCAGCAGCAGCAAGUGCUGCAGCAGCAGCAGCUGCAGCAGCAACUGCAGCAGCAGCAGCAGCAGCAGUUGCUGCAGCAGCAAAGCGAAGUGGACAGGGCCAAUUUGGCUCUUUUGGAGGCGCAGAAAGCAGCAAUAGAUCUGCAGCUGGCUGCGCAGCCGCCUGCAGGUUUGCGCGCUGCUGCUGUUCCGUUUGCUGCAGCAGCAGCUCCUGCUGCAGCAGCAGCAGCAGCAGCAGCAGCAGGGCCGGCGGCGCUUGGCUUCUCAGGUGUACAGGCAGUUGACGGCGGCGUGUCUGCAAGUUUGCUGGCGAGCGGGGCUGCGCUGCAGCAGCAGCAGCUGCUUCAGCAGCAGCAGCAGCAGCAGCAGCAGCAGCAGCAGAAGGCGCAGCAGCUGCUGCUGCUGCAGCAGCAAGACGAGCCGCCUGCUGCAGCACUGGGGCCCCUCGCAGUGCCCCUGGGGGGCCCCCCGGGGGCCCCCCUGCCGCAGCUAAAUGCCCCUUCGGCUGUACCCCCCACAGCCCCUCAAACAAUUCCUCAAGUGGUUUUGUCUUCACUGAAAGGAGAAGAAAGUGCUGCAGCAGAUGCCAAGUUCAAGAAGCUGGAGCGGGACAUGCUGCUGCUGCAGCAGCAGCAGCAGCAGCAGCAGCAGCAGCAGCAGCAGCAGCAGCAGCAGCGGGACGCGGGGCCCGUCAGCACGCAGAACUUGAUGCCCUGGCAGCAGGGCGUGCAGCAGCAGCAGCAGCAGCAACGCAGGCAAGAGCUGCUGCAGACUCUCCGCGAACUGCAGCAGCAGCAGGAGCAGCAGGAGCAGCAGCAGGAGCAGCAGCCGCAGCAGCAACAGCUUCCUGCCCCUGACGCGCAGCAGGAGUCCAACCAGCCUCCCCCCAUUCAGCUGCAGCAGCAGCAGCAGCAGCAGCAGCAGCAGCAGCAGCAGCAGCAGCAGCCUGGCGGCCAGUGUGAUCUGGACUUGAGUGCAUGCGGAGGCAACGGUGGGCUACUUAGUGAAGCAGCUGCAGCAAAGGAAGCAGCAGCAGCAGCAGCAGCAGCAGCAGCAGCAGCAGCAGCUGCGUGGUGCUGCUUCUCCUGCCGUUGUCACUGUGGUGCUGCGGCAGCUGAUUUGUACCUGCUGCUACGUUGCGGUGGAACCGUCACUAUCAAAUUGACAGAAAAUGCCUGCAGCAGCAUUGCCACUGCAUGCGGCGUGGAGCUGCCAGCAGCAGCAGCAGCAGCAGCAGCAGCAGCAGCAGCAGCAGUGCCUGAAGCUGCAGCAGCUAAUGCUGCUCCUGGUCCUGCUGCUGCUGCUCUCCUGUCCGCAGCAGCCACUCCUUCCCAGCUGCAAGUUGGGCACAACCAGGCAGCAGCAGCAACAGCAGCAGCAGCAGCAGCAGCAGCAGCAGCACCGGCGUUUAUUGAAAUGGGAAGCCAGAUGCAGCAGCAGCUGCGGCAGCAGCUGCGGCUGCGCCUGGGAGCAGCAGCAGCAGCAGCAGCAAUGCAGCAAAUCAGGAGGCAGCAAAAAGUCCAAAGAGAUGUUGACGAAUUGCUGCAGAAUGUGUUGGCUUCGGGGCCCUCCCCGCCGCCAACAUCUGCUGCUGCAGCAGCAGCAGCAGCAGCAGCAGUUGCUGCUGAGCUGGCCCAAGACGCGCAGGAAGAAGCAGCAGCAGCAGCAGCAGCAGUGCAGCUGACGGACGACCCGCAGCCAGCUGCUGCUGAUGCUGCUGCUGCUGCGCCAGAAGCAGCAGCAAACGAAUCCUCGCCUAGUGGAGAUGCUGCAGCAGCAGCACCUGAUGCUGCAGCAGCAGCACCUGAUGCUGCUGCAGCAACAGAUGCUGCUGCAGCGCCUGAUGCUGCUGCAGCAACAGAUGCUGCUGCAGCAAAAGAUGCUGCUGCAGCAAAAGAUGCUGCUGCAGCAACAGAUGCUGCAGCACCGAACGAGGGCUCUAUACCUGUGCCCGCAGCAGCGCCUGCUGCUGAUGCUGCUGCUGCAAACCCUGCUGCUGCUGCUGCUGCUGCUGCUGACGAUCAAAGCAGCAAUGCGGAAGCAGCAAACAGUGCAGCAGCGCAGUCUGCUGCUGCUGCUCUCAGCAGCUUCGGCGUUGUUGCAGCAGGAGAAACAGCACAUGAAGCAUGUGCUGCUGCUGCUGCGAAACUUCCCAAAGAAUUCCCCAUCAUGUCCAGCAGCAGCAGCAGCAGCAGCAGCAGCAGCAGCAGCAGCAGCAGCAGCCGCAGCGGCAGCAGCAGCAGCCUUGCUAUUGUCAAGGCAGCCUCCGAAGCAGAUGCCAUCCCUUUCUCUCUACAUCUUCCGCAGCAGCAGCAGCAGCAGCAGCAGCAGCAGCAGCAGCAGCAACAGCCGUUAGCGCCGCCACAGCCGCAGCCGCCGCAGCCGCAGCCGCAGCAGCAGCCGCAGCAGCAGCCGCAGCAGCAGCAGCAGCAGCAGCAGCAGCAGCCACCACCACCGCCGCCACCGCAGCCGCAGCAGCCACAGGAGCAGCCGCAGCAGCCACAGGAGCAGCCGCAGCAGCAGCAGCAGCAGCAGGAGCCGCAGCAGCAGCAGGCACAAGAGCAGCAGCAACCUGCAGCAGCGCCUCAAGAGGAGUACCAGCAAGCAGCGCCAGCCGCAGCAGCAGCAACAGCUGCUGCAGCAGCAGCAGCAGCAGCCGCAGCAGGAGCUGCUGCGCCUGCUGCUACAGCAACAAAUGACUAA